GUGGGCAAAAAACACCUCAGCCAUUCUCCGGGAAGGAACUGUGGCCUAGAGCCAGACCAGCUCUGCAAGGAAAAUGUUUGCCGUCCACCUGUUGGCUUUUUAUUUCACGAAGCUGAAAGAAGAUCAGAUUAAGAAGGUGGACAGGUUUCUGUACGACAUGCGACUCUCUGAUGACACUCUGUUGGACAUCAUGACCCGUUUCAGAGCUGAGAUGGAGAAAGGUCUGGGGAAGGACACCAACCCCACCUCAUGUGUGAAGAUGCUACCCACUUUUGUCAGGGCCAUCCCGGACGGGUCAGAGAAGGGGGAGUUCCUUGCUCUGGAUCUUGGCGGUUCCAAGUUCCGUGUCCUGACAGUUCAAGUAUCUGAGGAAGGCAAACCGAACGUUCACAUGGAGAGUCAGUUCUACCCGACGCCCAUGGAGAUCAUCCGCGGCAAUGCUUCCGAGCUCUUCGACUACGUAGCUGACUGUGUGGCCGAUUUCAUGAAGACCCGGAACAUAGAACACAAGAAAUUGCCCCUCGGGCUGACGUUUUCCUUCCCCUGUCAGCAGCGUAAAUUAGAAGAGGGAAUCCUGCUUUCAUGGACUAAGAAAUUUAAGGUUCGGGGAGUUCAGGAUACAGAUGUGGUGAGCGUCCUGACCAAAGCCCUGAAAAGACAUAAGGAUAUUGACGUGGACGUCCUGGCCUUGGUCAAUGACACGGUGGCGACUAUGAUGACUUGCGCCUAUGAUGACCCGCACUGUGAAGUGGGAGUCAUUAUUGGAACUGGUACCAAUGCCUGUUACAUGGAGGACAUGAGCAACAUUGACCUGGUGGAAGGGGAUGAGGGCAGGAUGUGCAUCAACACUGAGUGGGGAGCCUUUGGGGACGACGGCUGCUUGGAGGACAUACGGACCGACUUUGACAGGGAGAUAGACUUGGGCUCCAUCAAUCCAGGGAAACAGCUGUUUGAGAAGAUGAUCAGUGGCUUGUACAUCGGGGAACUGGUCAGACUCAUUCUUCUGAAAAUGACCAAGGCUGGCCUCCUGUUCCGUGGCGAGAAAUCUGCUGCUCUCUACACCAAGGGCAAGAUCGAGACUCAGCACGUGGCCGCCAUGGAGAAGUACAAGGAAGGCCUCCAGAACACCAGAGAGAUCCUGAUGGAGCUGGGCCUGGAGCCGUCGGAGGGGGACUGCGUGGCGGUCCAGCACGUGUGUACCAUUGUCUCGUUCAGAUCAGCUAAUCUCUGCGCGGCAGCACUGGCCGCCAUCCUGACCCGCCUGCGGGAGAACAAGAAGCUGGUCCGGCUCCGGACCACCGUGGGGAUGGACGGCACCCUCUACAAGACCCACCCUCAGUACCCAAAGCGCCUACACAAAGUGGUGAGGAAGCUGGUCCCCAACUGUGAUGUCCGCUUCCUCCUCUCGGAGAGUGGCAGCGCCAAGGGGGCGGCCAUGGUGACCGCUGUGGCCGCCCGGGUACAGGCCCAGAGGAAGCAGAUCGAUGAGGUGCUGGCCAUGUUCCAGCUGACGCGAGAACACCUGGUCAGCGUGAAGACCAAGAUGAGGGCCGAGAUGGACUACGGGCUGAAGAAGGAGACUCAGCCGCUGGCCACCGUGAAGAUGCUGCCCACCUAUGUUUGUGCCAUGCCUGAUGGCACAGAGAAGGGCAAAUACCUGGCUCUGGAUCUGGGAGGGACCAAUUUCCGGGUCCUCCUGGUGAAGAUCAGAAGUGGGCGGAGGUCAGUGAGAAUGUACAAUAAGAUCUUUGCCAUCCCGUUGGAGAUCAUGCAGGGCACGGGAGAAGAGCUGUUCGAUCACAUCGUGCAGUGCAUCGCCGACUUCCUGGACUACAUGGGCAUCAAGGGAGCCAACAGCCUUCCCCUGGGCUUCACAUUCUCCUUCCCCUGCCAGCAGACCAACCUGGACAAGGGGAUGCUCGUAGAGUGGACCAAAGGAUUCAAAGCCACAGAUUGUAAAGGGGAAGAUGUCGUGGACAUGCUCAGGGAAGCUGUUAAAAGGAGAAAUGAAUUUGAACUGGACAUUGUUGCGAUCGUCAAUGACACCGUGGGAACCAUGAUGACCUGUGGCUAUGAAGACCCAGACUGUGAGAUCGGCCUCAUCGCAGGAACAGGCAGCAACGUGUGCUACAUGGAGGAGAUGAGGAACAUCGAACUGGUAGAAGGCAAUGAGGGCAAGAUGUGCAUCAACACUGAGUGGGGCGGCUUCGGGGAUAACGGCUGUCUGGACAAGAUCAGGACUCAGUAUGACGCUGAAGUGGAUGAGGGCUCCCUAAAUCCUGGCAAACAAAGAUAUGAGAAGAUGACCAGCGGCAUGUACCUUGGGGAAAUCGUGAGGCAGAUCUUGAUCGACCUGACCAAGCACGGACUCUUGUUCCGAGGGCAGAUUUCAGAGCGGCUCAGGACCAGAGGCAUAUUUGAAACCAAGUUCCUGUCUCAGAUAGAAAGUGACCGGUUGGCCCUCCUCCAGGUUCGGAGAAUCCUGCAGCAGCUGGGCCUGGACAGCACCUGCGAAGACAGCAUCGUGGUGAAGGAAGUAUGUGAGGCUGUCUCCCGGCGAGCCGCCCAGCUGUGUGGGGCAGGCCUGGCUGCCAUUGUGGAGAAGAGACGGGAAGACAGGAACCUUGAGCACCUGAAGAUCACAGUGGGCGUGGACGGGACGCUGUACAAACUGCACCCUCACUUUUCUCGGAUCUUGCGGGAAACUGUCAAAGAGCUGGCCCCUCAGUGCGAUGUGACGUUCAUGCUCUCUGAAGAUGGGAGUGGAAAGGGGGCUGCCCUUAUCACGGCCGUGGCCAAGAGAUUGCAUCUGAAGAAGGACCAUUGAGAGCUGGGAGGAGGAACAUCAGCUGUGAUCCUUUGCUAACCUCCUCCCCUUGGGAAAUAAGUAGAGGACAGACCGACGGGUCCAAGCUGCUCUUUUUGGCCAAUAGAGGGAGCCCGGGGCCUGGGCUACUUGUCUUGGUCUUGACACGGCCCAAAGAGAAAUCUCUGGGGUUAUAUGGAUUAGAGGUGCAAAGGGGUAGGUAGCCAUUGUGAGCCCUCUGUGGGACAUCCUGGAGCAGAGUGUUCCUGGGAGACUGAGUCCGGGGCUUUGCCCAAUUCAGUGGAUGUUGAAAACCCUUUUACUUCUUCCACAAUUUAGAGCCAACAGAGCUUAACCCGAAGAAAUUAGAUUAUUCGGGGCUGUUUCAUGCUGCUUUCUUCUGCUGAGCUUUGUGUGAUUCCAGCCACAAAAUGGCAAUUCUAGCUCCGUCCAGGAACUUCAUUCCCCACACACAACCCUUUGCCACCGGCCAUCUCAGAAAUCUUUCUCAGUGAGUAAUCAAUCUCACCAGGCCAGCUCCUAAGGCCUGGGGCAGCUUCCUUCCCUUUAGAUGUGAGCUUAAUACUUGGAUGCCUUGAAAUUUAUGACAAACUUCCCCAUGGGGAUGAUGGACUUGCCCCAGCAUCCUAGGGUUCCAGCAGUAAAUUUUGUCCCCUACUUGUUAAAGAGAAAUAUCUUUAAAACUUUUAAUUUUUUUUUGUUACUGUGACCUUGAGAAAACCCAGAAAAUAGGAACCUUUCUAUAUACAAAGAAGAACAGAGAGGACUUGUCUAUGAAACUCCUAUUCCUAUUGUA